AUAUUUGCAGUAUGGGAGUUAUCCUGUCGUUAAUCCACAAAACGAAACGUUUCCACCUCAGUUUCAUGUUCACCGCCAGUAUCUCCAUCACGUGACCCUGCAGACAGAUUCCGAGCCGGUGCACUUAAAUAUCUCAGGCCCUCUGGCGGGAGAUUGGUUUGCCGUAGCUUUUGUAGCCGAAAAGUCUAACAGAAUUGUGCAAAAAGGACUCCAUCUUCAAUGUAAAGCGUGGCUCACAUCAAGUUUGCGAUUACAAAUAGCAGAAGAGGUUCUAAGCCUUUCACCAAACCAGCCACUAUCACAACAAAUAUCAAUAAUGCAGUAUUACAGGUUUUAUACUCCACGAGAUACCUGGUCAGCAACAAUUACAAUCAGUAGUUGUGCCGUGUUACCUAUAGCCUCGGACGUUCAGUGUCCACUGAUACUAGUGGUCAAACCUUUGGCACUCCCUUCUGUUGAACAGGACUUAAACCUACAAGAUCAAAGUGUAGUAAACUGUACUCAUACGGUCUCAGGAGAAGCCUGUUCUACCGUUGUGACACCUAGUGCCGAGAAUUGGAAUUACAUUUUAGUGACGGUGGAAAAUGCAACUGUUGAGUUUAGUAUCCAUGUAGAAUUCACAGUUUGUCAAGAUGAUUCUAAGAAACUUCUGUUAACGCCGGAAGAAGCUACAGAAACCCCACAGCUUUCCAGUUCUUCGUACUCGCAGCUUGUAGUUAAGCCUACUCCAGUAUUCUCGUUUAUAAACACCAGUUGUUGGAAAAACGUUCCGCUGGUUCGUCACACUAUGGUAGAAAACUUUGCUUUCAGAUACGAACCCUUAUCUUCCGAUAACAGUAGCUCCACAUCGUCUGCUCUGAACAUAACCACAGAUGAGACGACAUUGUUCAAGUUUGACAUUUAUCCUAUCCAGGACAUUGGGGGAACUCUGGAAAUAAAUAUCGUCCUGCCAAGCACGAUAAAUAUCACAAUGAAUAACAUAACCAUAGCGGCCUGUCUAGAGUACACAAUGCGUCCUCGCUUGUCAGCUAAUGGAAGCUGUGGGUCGGACAUUAGUAAUAACGUGAACACCAGCUCUGAAGAUCAUCGGGUACUCACUAUGUUAGUACCUUAUCCAGAGGCAGGGCCUUGGUAUCUGGCCCUCACUCCUCGCUGUUAUUUCCAAGAAAACGAAGGCAACGAGAAUGAAGUAGUGGAUGUUCGGUGUUACUCUAACACAACACAUAUCAACUUAAACAUAAAGUCAUCAUCGUGUAUUCAAGAUGGCUGUGGAGAUCACGGAAAGUGUUACAGGUACUUCAGUGGAGGGUUUAUCUUCAGUACUUGUGUGUGUUCUUCGGGUUGGCGAGGUUGGGGCUGCACAGAUGAAACCAAUGCUAUUUCUGACUUCCAGUUGCUGCUAGGUGUAUUGCUCCUCACGCUGAGUAACAUUUUUUUCAUUCCAGCCAUUGUUCUCUCAGUCUAUCGCCACUAUUACACAGAAGCACUCAUUUAUUUUGUGACGAUGUUCUUCUCCACUUUUUACCACGCCUGUGAUGCUGAGAUGUACACUUUUUGUAUCAUGAGACUAAGCGUGCUUCAAUUUUGUGAUUUCUACUCCGCCAUAUUGGCCUUCUGGGUGACCCUGAUAGUAAUGGCCGAUCUGCCAGCGACGCUUCAAAGCUUAACGCACAUGGCCGGAGCUGUUGGGAUUGCCCUGGGCGUAGAGUACGACAGAACAGGCUUGUGGGUGUUUCUAGUUCCAUCCGGUGUAGGACUUAUCAUUCUAACCAUAUCAUGGAUUAGUCACUGUCGUUAUCAGCGAGCCUGUUACCCCAGGAAAAGAACAUGGCUGCUUUGUUUAUUACCAGGAGUAAUCAAUGCUGCUGUAGGUUUAGUCAUUUUUGCCUUUCUUCAAACUGACGAAAACUACAAGUACGUCCACAGCGCCUGGCACGCAGCGAUGGCACUGUCAGUCUUGUUCCUUCUCCCAGAACGGCGGGAAUCUAAAGGUAGGGACAGAAGCCUGAAUACAUCAAAUUGUCACGUGGAAGAGCUUAAUGAUCUCAAUGCCACGUUUGUCUAUGAUGGUCACCAGUUUCUUCUGCCUUCAUCACCAUGAAAUGAAUGAACCGAAAGCAGUUUCGGAUAAAAUGAUCGUUGCAUUUGAGCGACACCAAAAGAAAACCUAAACGUUUUUUUUCCAAUCUUUAAAAACAGUUUAUAAAAAACAAAACCUACGUGUCUCAUUUCUAAGACCAGGCAUAUCUUUGUCCUUAAUUUUUCUGGUUUU